UGCACAUUUGUGUGUUUAACGUCAUACAUGUAGUGUAUGGAAUAUUGAUCAAGUGCAUUUUUAACGCCUAUCUGAAUUCACUCGUAGCGGUUACAUGUAUACGUGAAGUGCUUGCCAUCCAUUGAUUCAGAGGAUACGGUGAACAGGACCAAGUGUUCAGUACAGCUGGAUUGUAACAUAGAUCAUUGACGUUUCAGUUUUUUAGUAGGGUACUAUUACAGGUCAAACAUGGGAGCUGCCUGAAAGUGUACAGACUGAGGUUGAAAAUUACUGAAGCAAUUGAAAUUUGGUGUGUAAAUGGGCACACUCAAUGUGCAUAUUUUUAAAAUCACCCAUCAUUAUUAAAAGCAGCGGGUUAUAAUUCAAAGGAAACAACCAGGGCACGUCUCUCUACUAGAAAAGAACCAUCGGUACAUCAACUUGACAGUGACACCUUUGAUCUGUAGGGCAACUAACCCAUCAGCUUGUAGUCAGACCAACUCAACAUUUGUCAAAGGAGUGCCAGGGAACAAAUCAUGGCAGUGCCAUCGCAUCACAACCUGUUUUUGGUGCUCUGCACUUUCGCUGUGUUAGUCACAGUUUCGUCGUCCCAACAGUGCACGACGAACCCCGACGGUGAGAUUGUAUGGGGAAGCCUCCCGACGAUCGGACCGCCCAAGUCGAGUCUGGACUACGAAACAGAUGACCAGCGACGGGGCACCCUCAGUGAUAUGGCCCGGGGAUUUGUCAACUUGGUGACACCACCAGAAACAGUGAGCGAAAUGUUAGAUUAUGUGUCAAAGACACUCGAAGCAGUUUUCAACAAUAAUUUUGUGCCGGACCCUUGGCCAAUGUUUCAGGAGAUUGCAGCCCUGUUGGUGGGCAUCAUCGUCUGCCUCUCAGUGGGCCUGGCUUACAUCCUCCUUGUACUCAUCAUCGGCCCCAUCUUUGGCUGCUGCCGCUGCUGCAACAAUUGUGGCGGGAAGCGGGUGCAGGCGGAGUCGGGCUGCCCGGGCUGCCUACGCGUCUUUUACACCAUACUCCUGCUGUGCGUCACAGGUGUGCUAUGUGCCGGCAUGGCCUUCACCAACUUCUCCAAUGACUUCAUCAGCUACGCCUACACGACCACCGAAUCGUCUGCCCAGGCUGUCAUCGGAGAUGUGCAGGCCUUCGCCACGGAUGCCGUGAAGCAAAUGGAGUUCGUUACGGACAAUGAGUUUGGCACAGUCGACUGUCUUAUCAGACGCGACAUUGCGAAUAUUGGGGAUGAGAUUGCAGACCCUCUGUUGGAGUACCUCAAGAAAGAUGCUGGUGUGCAGGUCGCAAUGGAUUCUUUCACUGACCUCACGUCAGAUUUAAAUGAAGUGUAUAUGUCUUUGGCGAGUAUUAAUUCAUCUCGGACCGAGGUGAUCGAUGGAACAGCUCGGGUGAAAGGGUUAUUGGAAGGAGUGAAGGCUGAUUUAACUGCCCUAACUUGUAACAGCUGCCCUUCUUAUUCAGACCUGGAUAAAGUGAAUGACUAUUCAUUGCUUCCUGAUUUCAGUAGCCAGGUCGAGCAAGCCUCACUUGCCAAGAAUACCGCUGAAGUUUUCUACACUGACUUUAACCACACCCUUAACAACAUCUCCACCUUGAUUGACGACUCGGCGAGCUCGGCAGUUACCGAAGUGGAAAAACUGUUGAACGAUACCAAGCAGACAGUUGACAGUGCCUUUGACAGCAUUGUACAGCAAGUGGCACAGGUCAAUCAAAGUCUGGAAGAGGUAAAACAAGAUAUCAACAACUUUUUUGACACAGUGAAUCAGUAUUGGGACUACAGGUACUAUGGCCUCAUUGCUGUGACCUGCCUGACUCUGUUGAUUGUGCUGUUCAACGUUAUCGGCAUUGCCAUGGGAACCUUUGCCUACAAGGAUGUGUUGCCCACCGAACGGUCGCGCAUGUCCAAUGCAGCAGGGAAUGUUCUGAUAGCGGGAGUGUUCUUCUCAAUCCUGUUUGGCCUGAUCCUCAUGCUGAUUUGCUUCUUGGGAUUUGCUGUGGCUGGGACGGCCACGUUGAGCUGUGAACCGCUUAAGACCUACGAGGCACUUGAGAAGACUAUUGACAAGCCAGGUUUCCUUGGCCCUGGCUAUUUCUUGGGUGAAACCCUCUUCGGCAACUCGUCCGUGGAGCUGACGUUGUCCUCGAUCCUGACGGAGUGCGAGCAGAAUGAGGCCCUCUACGCUGCCAUGGACCUCUCCUACCUCUUCUCCCUGGACAGCUUUGUGGAUGAAUUGAACAAAGGAAAAGAUGGAGUUUUGGAUCAGUUGAAGAAUGCCAUUGACAUUCCAACUUUGGACUUGGUGCCUGACAACCUGCAGAAUGAUCUAGAUUCUGCAUUAAAUGCCAUCAACCUAGGGAGUAUAGAUCCUGCUGCUAUUGAGACAUUGAUGAAUUCAUCUGUGACAGUGACAAACCUGAAAGAGUUUGCUGAAGGCCUUAGGAAUGCAGCUUCCAACCCUUCAAACAACGCCACUGAACUGAACAGAUUAGCAGAUGAAGUGGACCAGAUCCAGGCACAGGUGGAAGGCAUCAAUGCCCACAAAGCCCGCAUUGUUGAAAAUGCUUACAGGUUAUCUGACCUUAACGCAACCCUUCCUGGGAGCAUCACCAAAACUGUCGCUGCAUCACAGGCCGCCGAGACAAAGGUCAACUUGCCUGCCACCGAAGAAAAAGUCCAAAAUAUCACGGUGGACUAUGUGAAUCAGGUGUUUGGCUAUGCAGACCAGUAUGUCGAGAAAGUCGGUACACAGCUGAAUGAGGACAUAGCCAAGUGUCAACCGGUCUGGCAAAUAUACCACACAGCCCAGAGCUUGGCUUGUUACUACAUAUUUGACUCUUUGAACACGCUCUGGUUCACCACAGGCUGGUGUGCCAUCUUCUACAUCCCGUCCAUUUUCAUUGCCGUCCGGCUUGCCAAGUACUACCGCAUCAUGGAUGAGGAGGCCCCGCCCCGGACCAAGAGGCACAAGAAGGGGGCGAGGCGGGUCAACCAGGACAUGGCCAUGGAGGACUUGCCGGAUGACGGCGGCCACCACACAGGCCAUGACAACAUCCGUUUAGUAGAGAGCUUAGGGCAGGGAGGGAUGCAACCCCAGCAGAACCCGCACUACAUUCCAGAUGAUCAAGUGAUCAACGGCUAUGAUGGCUACAACAACCUGGGCCGUCCGAUGGCCCCUCCGCCCGCCUACCACCCUGCUCGUCAGGGAUCGAGCAAGGAGUUGCCACUGGCAUACCCGCACUGGGGCAGACAGCCGUCCGCUGGAUACGACCCUGAUUGGGAUAUGCCCAAGAACCGCCCCUAUGGCAUGCCCUCGGUGGACACCGACUCAUACCGAUAUGGCUACAGUCAGGACCCACUUCAGCGACAGAAUCAACAAAGUGUGGUGCGCGACAUGCGGGAAUACAACAAGAAGCCACGUGUUGCUACCUACUUGUAAAAAAUUUGGCCCAAGAGAGAGUUUUCGUCCCAACAUUGACUUGUUAACCCUGACAUAUUCCAUGUCCAUGUUCAUUAAAUAAAUACCAAUUCCACUGACCAUAUUAUCCCUUUAUUUCCAAGGGCAACUGCCAGCCUGGUUUUAGAAUGAUGGGCUGCAGUUCUUACAAAACUCCUUAAGCUUCCAAGCUUUUUUUUUUUUUACUCCAGGACAAUCGUAUCUAGUUUAAGAAAUAUGCACAAUGUGGUCAUUUUGUUGGCUUCAGAUUUUUCGUGGGCACGUGUUGAGACUUUGUCAAACUGAUAUGCACCAGCUAUCACAAAAGAACAUUUCUAGUCAGCUGAUACCAAUGGCAUCCAGAGGGCACUCACCAAUGCGUAUUUGUUACAAAAAUUUAUUGAACGGUCACAACCUUCAAUUUGUGGUGAAGCACCAAGAGUUGGAGUAAUCAACCUUUAAUAAAAAAAAAAGGUUUCUUAAAAUUUGUUUGGCCCCACAUAGAACUACAUCUCCAUUAAAACCACUUCUUCCACAGAUCAAUGUCAAAACAUGACUGUUUUGGGGAAGGCCUUCCAAAAAUUGAAUCAAAUCACUGUGCAAGUGUGGAGAAUGAUGUUAUGUGUAGUGAUAAAAUGCUGUGUGUUUCUGCAUGUUGCUUAACUCAGAAAAAAAUUGUAACAUCUCAGUACUUUCAAUGUCAUUCUUAGUAGCUAAUAUUAAAAGUUGAGUGUAUCUGUAUAUGAUAAUUAAAUGUUAUGUGUAUGAGCAGAUUGUUGUCAAGAAGAUACAGCGGAUUACAAAUGAAUAUUUGAAUCAGGGAAAUAUCCCAAACUCUUGGUUCAAAAAGUAAAAGUUACGGAGUCCUAAUCAGGACACCUUUUUUGCAGAAACAAAAACCACAGCUUUUGAACUACAACUUUUACAUUGCAUCCACAGAUUUUGUUCACCGCUCAGAUUGUAAUACUAAAAUACAAAAUGAAAUCGUUGGAAUUAACUCCUUUUAUUGUUUGUGAGUUGUGAGCCGAAGAAUGGAAAGCCAUGAACAUCAGAAGUUGCCAUAUUUCAAUAGGCCGUGUGGUUUGCCUGGUAUAUUAUUCAGCUACCAUUUAAUAAAAUUGUCAAGUUUGCUGUAGUUUAAAACUAUACUAAAUGGAAUUUAUGCUACUCAGAAAAGUAUUUGUCAUAAAGGUAUAGUGUAUCAAAGGAGUAAGAGAGAUUGUUUUAAGUGCCUGAUUACUGACAGUUUAGAAAGAAAUGACAUAGAAAUCUUGCUAUGCAGUAAAUACUGAUCUAAAAAUGAACAUGAUCUUUCUAUUAUCAACCUUGGGUGUGGCGAUUUUUUUCUCCAAUUUGUAGGAGGUAUACGUGGACACUAUUGGAAGAUAUUCUUAAUAAAUAUUCACAAUUUAUGUUUCAAUGAAAAAAAAUUUUGUUCAGUCCAACUGUUAAAAGGAUUUAACAAAGCGGAGUACAAAUCUCACUUCAAAUGUCAUUCAGUUACCUGGCAGUUUGAUCUUUACUUCAACUCAUACUGUAGACUAGUGCAGGGUUUGCAAGGAAUUGUAUUUGUGAUUUCUCGCCACAUUUAUAUCAGUUUUUUAAAACUUAAUUUUCACCCCACUUAAAUUAUUCUGGUAAAACUUUGUCUUGUGAUUUUUGUUUCAAAUCUUUGCAAUAAUACCUACUUGCUUGUGCGAA